AUCCGCCUCUCUUUCCGAGGAUCUCACCUCUCUCUCGACAUAGCGAUUUGGUAACUUCUAGAGUAAAUCUUCAAAGAGUGGUCAAAUAAUGACAAGGGACUUCAAAUUAUCUUUGAAGUUGAGGGAGCCAACAUCAAUAUAUGACUUAUCUGAUGAUAAUCUCAGUGAGAUAUUCUUUAGACUGCCGGUGAGAGUUCUUUUGUGCUGCCAAUGUGUUUGCAAACGCUUUAGCAAAGUGAUCACCGAUCCAAAAUUCAGAGAAAUCCAUGUUAAUCGAGCCAUCGCUUCCAACACCUCGUCUUUUUGUUUGGUUCAACUUAUUAUAAGCGAUUUAACUGAUAUAUGUGGCAGUGUUGAGAAUUUCAAACGUCGAUAUGAUCACAUUCUUCUGGAGAAGACACAUUGUUCUGAAUCCUUUUCUUAUCUGAGGCUCAGCAACCCCUUAAUAUCUGACAUCUCUAUAGUAGGUAGCAGUAACGGUCUUGUGUGCGCUGAACUUAAGACCCUCAGGGAUCCAAAUGAAUCAAACAUGUUGAUCUGGAACCCUGUUACCAGAGAAAAUCGCUUCGUUGCUGAACCAAAGAGGCAUUCCCGGCCUCUUGCUCAUGCAUUUGGUUUCACACCCGGAACCAAUGAUUACAAAGUGGUAAAAAUCACUUCUUAUAAGGAGCCCGGUGAGGCUAUAGGCUUUAAACUGGAGAUUUUUAACAUGAGUACUGACAAGUGGAGUAUGUACCAGAUAAAAAGUCUGCAAUGUUGUGAGAUCGAUCAUAUGCCCCCGCAGGUCGAUCCCUCUAUGCUCUUAAAAAUGAUUCGGUCCCACAAUACCCGGUCUUUAAAUGGGGCAUUUCAUUGGCUUUGUGAUGCCUCACUAGGUGCAAGUGGGAAAGAUACAGCAAUCUUGUCAUUUGGCCUUGAAGAAGAGCAAUUGAGAUUGUUCACAGUGUUGGAUUCUAAUAAAAUUCCUUGUCUAAAGUGUGGGAAGCUUGAUUGUAUAAAUGACUCGCUAUCAUUGAUUGUUCUUAAUUAUUUAAGUCGUCCUUGCCCAAUCAUUGAUAUAUGGGUGAUGAAUGACUAUGGGGAUCGGAACUCCUGGAUUAAGAAGUACUCUGUCGAUUUUCUAGGACUUGGAACGGAGCCAAUAGGAUACUGGAAAGAUGAUCUCUUCCUGAUGGCCACGAUGAAAGAUAGAUAUUUAUGCUUGUAUAACCUCAGAAACCAAGAAAUGAAGUCCUUCCCAGGCCAGUGGCAUUUCUACACUGCUGCUUUUUACGAUUAUGUUGAAACAUUUGAAACAGUCAGACGGGCGAUUGCAACUACAGAGGAGGCUGUCUAGUAAGGUAUCAAAGCUGAAGCUUCUUGAGAUCUUCUGAGGUUUAAAAGGCAGUAAUUUGUCAAGUCCACAUGAAUCUUGGUCAAAAUAUGCCUUCAGCUAAAAUAUCAUAUAUGUUCCUUUAAUUAUGCUUUAUGGACAUCUUUUGUAACUUUGAUUGCUGGCUUUGUACAAGUUUACUCCUUUCAGUUGCUUUAUGGACAUCUUUUGUAAAUUUGAUUAAUGCUGGCUUUGUACAAGUUAACUCUUUUCAUUUUAAAUUUCAAGAUUCUUGCCGGCC